AUGACUUUAAAAACGAAUGGUUUUGUCCCUGAAGGCCGAGGCGGACAUGAAGCUGUCUUGCUUAAAAAUACAAUUUAUUUUAUGGGUGGAUCUCGUGCGAUACCAAAUGCAAGUCCGUUCAAAAAUUUCAUUCGCGGAUACAAUCUGUCAAAUGAAGUUUUUUACCUUGAUCUUACAUCAUCAUUCUCUACAACUAGUCCACCAUAUGUAGACCUUACUGGAACUCCUUCACGACUGCCAUAUGGAAAUGAAAAAGAUUAUUUAAUUCGCACAUUAGGAACUGCAUUAAUUGGUGGCCCUUCUAAUGAUGAAAUACUGCUUGUGGGAGGCGUACAACAAGAUCUCACCCUCCUUGAUCAGAUAGAUCAUAAUUCAACAAUAUCUUCAAACCAGACAUUAAUGAUAAAUAGUUAUCUUAAUACUUGGAAUUCAACAAAUCAAACAAUUUUUAUUUAUCGGCCAACUGCACGAAUUUGGAUGACACCUGGAUCUGUCGCCACAUUUGGUGCGCCACAAAUAAGGCGUAGAUCAACUUCAACUGUUAUAGUGAAUGGUGUUAUAUAUAUAUUUGGUGGGCGUGCUCAGACAGAUACGGACUCGCCCACAUUUAUUUGCUUUAACGAUCUAUUCACUUAUGACACCAUUUUAUCAAGGUGGGGUAAGAUUAAUGCUGCUAAUGUCCCUACACCUCGAAGCCACAGUGCUGCGGUGUUACUUCCAGAUGCUAGGAUCCUUUACAUCGGAGGUGUUAGUCAGACAAAUCCUGGCGAGCCUGGAACACCAAUAGAUAUGAAAGAAAUCCAAGUAUUUGAUACAGUUUCUUCAAGCUGGUCGUCUAAGCAAGCGAUAUUUGAAUCAACUUUUAUUCAACCUCGAUCAGGUCAUACAGCUAACUUGGCGCCAGACAAUAAGUCAAUUAUUAUUAUUGGCGGGUCUUCAAGCUAUGUAUUAAAUGAAUCUACUGCAAAACCAGUUUUGGUUUUGUUAGAUAUUUCAAAAGAACCUUAUACAUAUUCUGAACUAAAAAAGGCGCAACAAGUGGAAAUCGGAAUACUUUUUAACUCCACGAAUUCCUCGACAAAGAUGUUUGUUAUUUGUUGA